GCUCGUUAUUCAGAUGAUAAAAGCCUCUUCCUUCUCUAUUUUUCCAUUUGCACCAUCACACCAGGGGAAAUUAUGGAGAUGAGAAAUACUACCCCAGACUUUAUUCUCCUAGGACUCUUUAACCACACCAGAACCCACCAAGUCCUCUUCAUGAUGGUUAUGAGUAUCGUUUUGACCUCCCUGUUUGGCAAUUCCCUCAUGAUUCUCCUGAUUCACCGGGACCGCCGGCUCCACACGCCCAUGUACUUCCUCCUGAGCCAACUCUCCCUCAUGGACGUGAUGCUGGUUUCCACCACUGUGCCCAAAAUGGCGGCUGACUACUUGACCGGAAAUAAGGCCAUCUCCCGCGCUGGCUGUGGUGUGCAGAUCUUCUUCCUCCCCACACUGGGUGGUGGAGAGUGCUUCCUCUUAGCAGCCAUGGCCUAUGACCGCUAUGCGGCUGUCUGCCACCCACUCCGAUAUCCCACUCUCAUGAGCUGGCAGCUGUGCCUGAGGAUGACCAUGUUGUCUUGGCUCCUGGGUGCAGCUGACGGGCUCAUGCAGGCUGUUGCUACCCUGAGCUUCCCAUAUUGCGGUGCACACGAGAUCGAUCACUUCUUCUGCGAGGCCCCCGUGCUGGUUCAUUUGGCUUGUGCUGACACUUCAGUCUUCGAAAACGCCAUGUACAUCUGCUGUGUGUUAAUGCUCCUGGUCCCCUUUUCCCUCAUCCUGUCCUCCUAUGGUCUCAUCCUCGCUGCUGUUCUGCACAUGCGCUCUACAGAAGCCCGCAAGAAGGCCUUUGCCACCUGCUCUUCACAUUUGGCUGUGGUGGGACUCUUUUAUGGAGCUGCCAUUUUUACCUAUAUGAGACCCAAAUCCCACAGGUCCACUAACCACGAUAAGGUUGUGUCAGCCUUCUAUAGUAUGUUCACCCCUUUACUAAACCCCCUCAUCUACAGUGUGAGGAACAGUGAGGUCAAGGAAGCCCUGAAAUGGUGGCUGGGGACAUGUGUAAACCUGAAACACCAGCAAAAUGAGGCCCACAGGUCAAGACGAUCUAGUGUCAAAUGACUCUAAGUUCCUGAAUUUAUUAACAUUUUAACACAUUGUAAUUCUCUCCCUUUAGUAGUUCAUGAACAGAAAAUUAAGUUUGUGCAUUGAUAUAAUAAGAUAUUUUUAAGAAUGAAGUGAGCUAAUUGUAUUGAGAGAUACCAUUUUUGAGCAUUUAUGUACUUUUCUUCAAGUGAAGUAAAAUCUAUAUAUUACUUUGUAUCCUAAAACAACCCCAUGAUACAAGUACUGUUGACAGUAUAUCCUACUUUCUAAAAAAAGAAAUUAACAAUGGAAAGUUAAAUAUUGUUUCCAAUUUCACAUAGCGUGGAAAUAUUAAAAAGUGACUCCAGAGCUUGUACCAUAACCUGGAAAAGUUUAUUUCUGUUCAAUAACGUGUUUUGAGUGUUAUUUCCUAUGUGUAUGCUCUAUGAUUAAAAACUAAAUAUGGGGACUCCACCAAAGACAAAUCACAUUAUUUUAAAAUUAUAUUUUAAAAUAUAGUUGCAUGAAAAAGGGGAGGUACACAACUCAAAUGUAACUGCUAUAUUGUCACAUUUCU